AUGAACAUAGAGGAAAGAAGGGUUGUUGCAGAGCCCACUGAAGUACUAGAAGACAUCCCUCUAGAAGAGGAUAAUCUCAAGAAGUUUACCAGAAUUGGAACAAGUAUGGAAGAGAAGACGAAGCAAGACCUCGUCCAAUUCUUAAGGAAGAGUAUUGAUAUUUUUGCAUGGAGUCAUGAAGAUAUGCCAAUAAUUGACCCAAGUAUUAUUACUCAUCGAUUGAAUGUGUAUCCAUUUUCCAAGCCUGUUCGUCAUAAAAAGAAGGUUUUUGCUCCUGAGCGGGAUAAUGCUAUCAAGGAAGAGGUCCAAAAGUUAAUCACAACAAAAUUUAUUCAAGAAAUCUAUUACCCAAAUUGUUAUCCAUUGCCACGCAUUGACCAAUUGGUAGACUCAAUAACAGGUCAUCAGUUGCUAAGUUUCAUGGACGCAUUCUCAAGUUAUAACCAGAUAAAGAUGGAUAAGGCAGAUCAAGAGAAUACAUCCUUCAUUACUAGUCAAGGACAAAAUGUAGAAGUUUAUAUGGACGAUAUGUUGACGAAAAGCUUAGACGAGAAGAAACAUCUAGACAACCUACAGGAGACCUUUGACACACUUAGACAAUACAAUAUGAAGCUGAAUCCAAGUAAGUGUGCCUUUGGGGUUUCGUCACAUAAAGGAAUUAAAGCGAAUCCUAACAAGAUCCAAGCCAUUCUAAACAUGGAACCACCAAAGAAUGUCAAGGAAGUCCAGUCCCUCACUAGACGAGUUGCAGCUCUAAACAAGUUUGUUUCAAAAGUUACAGAUAAAUGUUUGCCUUUUUUUAAAGUUCUCAGGAAUGCAUUCGAAUGGAAGAAUGAGUGCCAAAAGGCCUUCCAGGAUUUUAAAGUUUAUCUUACCAUGGCUCCCCUGCUAAGUCCAUCCAUACCAGUUGAAUAUGAAGCCCUUCUUAAAGGACUGGAAUUGGCUAAGUUCUUAGGGGCUGAGUCAGCAGUCAUCCAAGGAGACUCUCAGUUGAUCAUAGGCCAAGUGAAUGGAACAUGUGAAGUGAAAGAAGAACGGAUGAAGAAAUACCUCAAUAGGGUGAAACGCCUUAUUAAGAGGUCUAAGGAAGCCAAUUUCUUUCAAAUCCCAAGGGAGGAAAAUAUGGAAGCAGACGCCUUAGCAAAUGUAGCAUCUACGGAUGGAUUGGUGGAUGAACUUGAUGAAGUUCAAUACAUGUCUACCAUAGAUCUUCCAGAGGUGCAGCAAAUAGAAGGUGAAGGGAAUUGGAUGACCCCGAUAAUAGCUUACCUCAGGGAUGGAAGGCUUCCAGAAGAAAAAGACGAGGUUAGAAAGCUAAGGAUCAUAUCAACUAAGUAUGUUCUUAUAGACGAAGUGCUAUACAAACGAGACUUUUCUUAG